AUAUCGCCACUCUUCGCUCGCAAUUUCCAUCAUACUUCAUUUUUCUGUGUCACCGUCUCUCUCUCUCUCUCUCAAAAACACAGCAGCAAAUUAAGCCGAAAGUUUCGAUCUUUCUUCAGCGAAUCAACGUCACUAACAACCCGUAACAGAUCGAACCGACUCCCUUCGGCUCUGCUUCUAGAUUUGGUCAAUUUUUGGUAUUUUGGGUACUAAACUUCCGGCCCCGGAAGCUUACAUAUCACUUGAUUCAUUCAGUACAGAGCAGAGGUGUGAGUAUUCUAAAUGUAUGUGCAGGUCUGUUUAGAAUAUAGCCAACAGUGUUAGGUGUUGUUUUGGUGAUUUUGGUCUGUGGAAUUUGAUUUUCGAUUGUGUUGGAAAAGAAUGGGGGUUUUGUGAGUGAUUGAUUGGGGUUGGAUUUGGGAGUCAAAUGAGGCGGCGGUCGCCGACGAACUUCCCGUCGGAGCAAAUGGAGAAGGGGACGGGGAAGAAUCAGAAUAGCAAGAUUUGUUUCUUGGCGUCAUUGUCGGUUUUCUUCUGGAUGCUCUUGUUGUAUUUUCAUUUUAUUGUGCUGGGUGGUAGCACUGUGGAGCAAGCUGUCAAAUUACAGAAUGGUCCUAUGUAUUCCGAGUUGCAGCCUGUCCUUGUGACCAGUCCUCCUCGGGUGGAGAAUCUAAACGCCGAAUCGGAGCAUCCCCCUGUGACUUAUCCUCCCCCAUACACUGAACCGAAGCCUACUCCUGUGACCAGUGAUCCUGAGAUGGAGAAGCUAAACACUGAAUCAAAGCCCGCCAUUGUACCUGUUACUCGUAAAAUUGGGCCCCCUUCGGAGACAACUCAGAGUCGAGAGGCUGAGAAGUAUCCGUUUAUGAGGGCGCUGAGAACCGUGGAGAACAAGAGUGAUCCGUGUGGCGGGAGGUACAUUUAUGUUCAUGACCUUCCGCCGAGGUUUAAUGAGGAUAUGCUCAAGGAGUGUAGGAGUUUGAGCCUGUGGACUAAUAUGUGUAAGUUCACAACCAAUGCUGGCCUUGGUCCUCCGCUUGAGAAUGUUGAGGGGGUGUUUGAGAAUACGAGCUGGUAUGCGACGAACCAGUUUGCUGUGGAUGUCAUAUUCAGCAAUCGGAUGAAGCAAUAUGAGUGCUUGACAAAUGACUCAUCUCUGGCGGCGGCUGUCUUUGUUCCCUUUUAUGCUGGCUUUGAUAUUGCCCGGUAUCUUUGGGGUGGAUUCAAUAUAUCAAGGAGGGAUGCAGCUUCACUGGAUCUGGUUGAUUGGCUUAUGAAGAGGCCAGAAUGGAGCGUUAUGGGUGGCAAAGAUCAUUUUCUUGUUGCAGGCAGGAUUACAUGGGAUUUCCGGAGACUUACAGAAAAUGAAGAGGAUUGGGGCAAUAAGCUUCUCUUUUUGCCGGCUGCUAAAAAUAUGUCAAUGCUUGUGGUGGAAUCAAGCCCAUGGAAUGCCAAUGAUUUUGGUAUUCCGUAUCCCACAUACUUCCAUCCAGCAAAGGAUGCUGAUGUAUUAAUUUGGCAGGACCGCAUGAGAAACUUAGAGCGUAAAUGGCUCUUCUCAUUUGCUGGUGCCCCACGUCCUGGCAAUGCCAAGUCGAUUAGAGGGCAGAUUAUUGAUCAAUGCAAGAGCUCAAAGGUUGGUAAGCUGUUGGAAUGUGAUUUUGGUGAAAGCAAGUGUCAUUCGCCAAGCAGUAUCAUGCAGAUGUUUCAGAGCUCCCUUUUCUGCCUGCAACCUCAGGGUGAUUCAUACACACGAAGAUCUGCUUUUGAUUCGAUGUUGGCUGGUUGCAUACCUGUCUUCUUCCAUCCGGGGUCAGCAUACGCGCAAUAUACUUGGCAUCUUCCAAGAGAUUAUACAACAUAUUCAGUGUUCAUCCCGGAGAAUGAUAUUCGUAAGAAGAAUAUUAGCAUAGAGGACAGGCUUAGUCAAAUUCCUCCUGAGAAGGUCAAGGCCAUGAGGGAGGAAGUUAUAAACCUUAUUCCUAGGCUGGUAUAUGCGGAUCCCCGCUCUAAGUUGGAGACUUUCAAAGAUGCAUUUGAUGUUUCUGUACAAGCAAUAAUCGACAAGGUUACAAGGGCAAGGAGGGACAUGGUUGAAGGCCGUACAGAUGAUAACUUUAUUGAGGAGAUUAGUUGGAAGUAUGCUUUGUUGGAGGAGGGACAGCGUGAGGUUGGACCUCAUGAAUGGGAUCCUUUCUUUGCAAAGCAGAAGGAUGGCAAUGGUGAUUCUGGUGAAGCUGCAAAAAAUUCUUGGGAGAAUGAACAGCGACAACACUCAUGAGUGGAAGAUAGGAGCAGAGCAAUAGGAAUUCCAAUGGCUAAUGCAUCCUGCAGUGAGUUUGGGCAGGUACGAGUUCUAGAUGGUACCUUGCAAAGAAUACUCAACACAGAACUCAUCUUCAAGGUCUCCAUGCCUACAAUCUUGUUUAAAACCAAAACACAGACAUAUUUACUGUUUCUAGUGCAAAUUUUCCUAUAGGAUAUAUCUCUUUCUUUUUGCCUUUGUGUAUUUGGCCAGUAAUUCUUUCUGAUGUAUUUAGCCCGAGUUUUUCAUCUUAUCAAUCUACAGGAAAUAAAAAUAGAGUGAUUAUCAAGCC